UGCGUCGGGAGUGGUAGAACAGAGUUACUACAUUACCUGAGAGAGUUUGAGGCUGUCAUAUGAGGUGCGUUGGGAGUGGUAGAACAGAGUUACUACAUUACCUGAGAGAGUUUGAGGCUGUCAUAUGAGGUGCGUCGGGAGUGGUAGAACAAAGUUACUACAUUACCUGAGAGAGUUUGAGGCUGUCAUAUGAGGUGCGUCGGGAGUGGUAGAACAAAGUUACUACAUUACCUGAGAGAGUUUGAGGCUGUCAUAUGAGGUGCGUCGGGAGUGGUAGAACAAAGUUACUACAUUACCUGAGAGAGUUUGAGGCUGUCGUAUGAGGUGCGUCGGGAGUGGUAGAACAAAGUUACUACAUUACCUGAGAGAGUUUGAGGCUGUCGUAUGAGGUGCGUCGGGAGUGGUAGAACAAAGUUACUACAUUACCUGAGAGAGUUUGAGACUGUCGUAUGAGGUGCGUCGGGAGUGGUAGAACAAAGUUACUACAUUACCUGAGAGAGUUUGAGGCUGUCAUAUGAGGUGCGUCGGGAGUGGUAGAACAGAGUUACUACAUUACCUGAGAGUUUGAGGCUGUCGUAUGAGGUGCGUCGGGAGUGGUAGAACAUUACCUGAGAGAGUUUGAGGCUGUCAUAUGAGGUGCGUUGGGAGUGGUAGAACAGAACGGAGAGAGGAAAGGAACUGACUGAGUGAGAGAGAAGUGCCUCUAAAAUGAGCCUCUCUGGGGAGAGGGAGGAGGGGGACACUGCCUCUAAAACAAGUGGUUUUGAGGAACCGGACAAUGACAAUGAAGCUAAAAGGUAAGAAACACCCCAUUACUCUUAGGGUCAUGUAUGAAAAUGCCCAGUUGACCAUUAUUUUGAUUACCAUGGCUAGAAGAAGAGAUCUCAGUGACUUUGAAAGAGGCGUCUCAAAGGAGCUUAGGGGGUUUAAAGGGUGUGUGUGUUUGUGUGUUUUUUACUGACAUUGCAGUCAUGCAUCUUGUAUACUAUAGUGUCAACAUAUUUUACUUUUUAGUGAUGUAUAAUAAUUCAUACAUUGUAGAAAACAGCAUUGAUUAGGAGAGUGUUGUGUUGAAGCCCAAUCCAACAGGAGAGACCAGUCUCACCUGUACCCAGCUGUCUGUCCAUGAAGAGUGACUAUGGGUCACUAAGUCUAUGGGUCAUCCAAUAGAGUUCAGAAAAGGAACCAUUUCCACUGAACAAAGUGUCCAGCAGGAGAGACCAGUCUCCCCGGGACCCAGCUGUGUGUCCCUAAAGAGUGACAAGUCUAUGGGUCAUCCAAUAGAGUUCAGUAAGGAUAAGCAAAGUUGGUCGAAGCCAACAUCAUCACUUUUAUGAAGAGUGAGUUGAAGAUGUUCGAGAGGCUUCUGAGUCCAGGCUCUGAGAGUCAGGGAGAAGAUGAGGAAGUGGUGGACGGUGAAGAUGAGAAGAAGCAGAGGAGUGCCAGAGAGGCGGCUCUAAAGAUCAUGCUGCACGUCCUGAUGAACAUGGAUCAGAAGGAGCUCGCUGACACACUGGAGAAAAGUCUUUUGGGUGACCUUACUGUGUGCCAACUUAGACUCAAGUCCAACAUGAAGAGGAGGUGUGAGCGUGUCUUUGAGGGAAUAGCAAAACAGGGAAACCCAACCCCUCUCAAUAAGAUCUACACAGAGCUCUACAUCACAGAGGGUGGAAGUGGACAGGUCAAUAAGGAACAUGAAGUGAGACAGAUUGAGACGGCAUCUAGACGAGCGUCAACACAAGAGAUACCAAUCAAGUACAACGACAUCUAUAAACCCUUACCUGGACAAAACAAAUGUAUCAGAACAGUGCUGACAAAGGGAGUCGCUGGCAUUGGAAAAACGGUCUCCGUGCAGAAGUUCAUUCUAGACUGGGCUGAAGAAAAAGCAAAUCAUGAUGUCCACUUGAUAUUUUCACUCCCUUUUCGGGAGCUGAAUCUGAUGAAGAAAAAACACAGCUUGGUUGAACUUCUCAAUCACUUCUUCAUAGAAACCAAAGAAUCAGGGAUAACAGACUUUGAAAAGUACAAAGUUCUGUUUGUCUUUGAUGGUCUGGAUGAGUGUCGACUUCCUCUAGACUUUCAGAAUAAUGAGAGCUGUUGUGAUGUCACAGAGCCAACUUCAGUGGAUGUCCUACUGACAAACCUCAUCAAGGGAAAUCUGCUUCCCUCUUCUCUCCUCUGGAUCACCUCUCGACCUGCAGCAGCCAAUCAGAUCCUUCCUGAAUGUGUUGACCGUGUGACAGAAGUACGAGGGUUUAACGACCCACAGAAAGAAGAGUACUUCAGGAAGAGAAUCAGUGAUGUGAACCUGGCCAACAGAAUCAUAAAGCAUUUGAAGUCUUCAAGGAGCAUUUACAUCAUGUGCCACAUACCAGUCUUCAGUUGGAUUUCAGCCACAGUUCUCGAGGAAAUGUUGCGUGAAGCAGAAAGCGGAGAUUUGCCCAAGACUCUGACUCAAAUGUACACACAAUUCCUGGUGUUUCAGACCAAACAGAGGGGUCAGAAGUACCUUGGAGAUCUUGCAUUGGAUCAUUAUUGGAAUAAAACUACCAUCCUAGCACUGGGAAAACUGGCUUUUCAGCAGCUGGAAAAAGGCAAUCUGAUCUUCUAUGAUGAAGACCUGAGAGAGUGUGGCAUUGAUGUCACAGAAGCGUCAGUGUACUCAGGAGUGUGCACAGAGAUCUUUAGAGAGGAGUUUGGGCUGCACCAGGAGAAGGUCUACUGCUUUGUGCAUCUGAGCAUUCAAGAGUUUCUGGCAGCUUUAUACGUGUUUCUCACAUUCAACAAUGAUACUGUAAAUGUAAUGUCUGAACAAAAAACAACCAGGAAACCUCAGACAGCCAAAGACACAGCUGUAACAAUCCUCUACAAGAGUGCAGUGGACAAGGCCUUACAGAGUGAGAAUAGACAUCUGGACCUGUUCCUCCGCUUCUUUCUCGGCCUCUCACUGGAGUCCAAUCAGACUCUUCUUCGAGGCCUACUGACACAGACAGGAAGCAGCUCAGAGACCAAUGAGAAAACAGUCAGAUACAUCAAGGAGAAGAUCAGGGAGAAUUCCUCUCCAGAGAGAUGCAUCAAUCUGUUCCACUGUCUGAAUGAGCUAAAUGACCAUUCACUAGUAGAGGAGAUCCAAAGCUACGUGAGCUCAGGAAGUCUCUCUAAAGAAGAACUCUCUCCUGCACAGUGGUCAGCUCUUCACUUUGUGUUGCUGACCUCAGAAGAGGAGCUGGAUGUGUUUGACCUGAAGAAGUACAUCAGAUCAGAUGAAGGUCUUGUGAGGCUGCUGCCAGUGGUCAAGGCUUCCAGAACAGCUCUGCUGAAUGGAUGUAACCUCACAGAGAAAUGCUGUGAGUCGUUGGCCUCAGUUCUCAGCUCAGACUCCUCACACCUGAGAGAGCUGGACCUGAGUGACAAUGACCUGCAGGAUUCAGGAAUGGAGCUGCUCUCUGCUGGACUGAAGAACCCACCCUGUCCACUGGAGAAACUCAAGCUGAAGCAAUGUAACAUCAAAAACAGUAAAGCAUUGGCUUCAGUUUUCUGCUCAAACUCAAGUCUGAUAGAGCUGGACCUGAGUGACAAUGACCUGCAGGAUUCAGGAGUGAUACAACUCUCUGUUGGACUGGGGACUCCAAGUUGUAAACUAAAGAUACUUAGGCUGUCAUUCUGUGGAGUCACAGAGGAAGGUUGUGCUUUUCUAGCUUCAGCUGUCAGCUCAAAUCCCUCCCACCUGAGAGAGUUGGACCUGAGCUACAAUAACCCUGGAGACUCAGGGAAACUGCUCUCUUCUCUACUGGAGGAUCCACACUAUAAACUGCAGACACUCAGUGUGGACCAUGAUUCAGAGUGCUGGUUAAAAUCAGCACUGAGAAAAUAUGCCUGUGAGCUCACACCAGAACUCAACACCAUACACCCUCAACUGUACCUGACUCAGGGGACAGGAAGCUGGUGCAUGACUCCAAAGGACAUCAGAACAACUAUCCUGAGCACCCAGAGAGGUUUGACCAGUGGACUCAGAUGCUGUGUAGAGAGCCUCUUUCUGGGCGCUGCUACUGGGAGGCAGAGUGGGAGGGUUAUGGGGCUUAUGUAGGGCUGACAUAUAGAAGACUUGUUAGGAAAGGAGGGAAUAAUGACUGUGUGAUUGGUUACAAUGACAUGUCCUGGAGUUUGUACUGCAAUAACAAGUCCUAUGAUGCCUUUCAUAACAUAAAGAGCACCCCCAUCCUUUUACCGUCCUCCAGCUCCCGCAGAGUAGGAGUGUAUCUGGAUUGGCAAGGUGCUACCCUGUCCUUCUACAAUAUUUCCUCUGACACACUGACCCACCUGCACACAUUCCACGCCACCUUCACUGAGCCACUUUAUGUGGUGCUAUGGCCUUGGCUUGACUCAGCUAUUACCCUGUGCAGAGUAAGACAGUUCUGAACUCCUCAGGACCCCCAUCCUUUUACCUCCUGCUCCAGCACACAUAUUCUAGUCCUGUUUAUACCUGGAGCUAUAACAUAGCUUAGUCCUGAUCUUGUCCACAUUCUGAUUGUGCCCACAUUUUUAGACAGUUGUAGACAAUCAAAAAACCCAUGAUCUGAUUGUGAUCAGAUCUUCCUUCCCACCUCCGGAGGCAGUCAGGCACCCAUUGUGUCUGAAUAUCUUUACAAGUGUAGAUGGAUCUGGACAGUAAAACCAUUUAAAUCAUCAUCAUCACACCCUCUAAAUCAGCCCCCCCUUUCGAAGGCCCUCGGAUCAAUUCCCCCCCCAAAAAAGUAUAAAUAACCUAAUGAACUCAGUCGGGUUCUCAACUUACUGUCGAAUAGUAGAAUACAAAAGAGGCAAUUUCAAAAUAAUUUGCAUACAAGAAGGGACGAGGAAAUAUGGUCCCAAUGCCGACACAGUGGACGGAUGAGACACAUUUUACUACCAUGUGUAGAUGCAUAUCUGACAAAGUGGGCACAAUCUGAAAGUGGACAAGGACUUGUUUGAACAUGGACACAGCCUGACUUCAGGACUCUAAAUCAGUGGGAGUCAUUUUUUCCCUCUGUGUUUUUAGUGUAAAUAGCCUUAAGAAAUGCUGCAGGAAAAAUAUAAAUGUUUAGUCAUUUGUAAUUGUUAUUUUAUUAUUGUGGUUUGUACAUCUGUUUGUCUUUCUGCCCUUUGAAAUGUGUUAUCCAACAUGUUCAUGUAUGGUGUGAGUAGCCUUAUUAGAAAACAAAAUAGAAUCGAUCAAUAAGUGCAUUGCUUCAUGUUUUUAUUUAACAUUUUUAUCUCUCUGGGGAUCAGUUCCAGUGUACUCUGCAGAGUGGGUUCAUGUCCCCGUCCCCUCUCUGUAGUGUUCUGGAACUUGUUUAGACAACGACUUCAACAUCAAGUGUUAGCCUGUAAUGCUCAAAUCAGUUUGGUUAAUGAUUGAUCGUUGAGGGAAAAUAUAAAAAAUGUAUGUGAUGAUCAGUCUGAAAA